AUGGAAUCACAGCAUAAAAAGCCACCUCCGUUUAUAAGACCGAAUAUUAAAUUACAUAGAAAGCCACCACCUUUUGUUAGGCCUUUAAAAAAUCCUAAAGAUAAAGAAAUAAAGCAAAAUCAUCCUUCAGGUAUAAGUGAAUUAAUUGAUGAACAAAACAUUUCAUUUCCAAGCCAAGAAAAUGCUGAACGAUCAAUAUCCUUUGCAGUGUCUCAGCCUAUGAUUUCUUCCAAUUACAAUGGAGAUACAAGCAGCCAGAGUAUAAUCAUAAAUGACUCUUCUUUUAUUGAUUUGAAUACUUCCAAAGAAACUAAAAAAUCUUACAAAAUGACUAUUAAUAAAUUCUUAUUAGACCAAUCUGAAAGUUACGAUCCUAAAGGUGAAAAUCUUGACCAAUCCGCCAACUCUAGCUUUUCUGGAAAUAUAUCUUCCAAAAAUUCAUAUAAAAUUGAUCUAAAGAAAAGAAAAACUACACAGGAAAAUGUUGAAGAAAGGAAAAAUGAGCCAAAAAACGAAAUCCUUGAUAAAUCAAUAAAUAGUUCUUAUACAGAAACAAGUGAAAGUAGAAAUUCUUAUAAAAUUGAUCUUAAAAAGAGAAAUAUGACACAUGGAAUGCUAGAUUCUCCUUAUAUAACAAAUGAAACCAAAAAUAUUGAAAUAGUAAAUGAAACAAUUGAAAAGAAGAGUUCUUAUAAAAUCGAUCUCAAAAAUAGAAAAAACACACAAGAAGUAUCUCCGAAACACGAGAAAACUGAAGCAAAGCCAAGAGAAAAAACAAUAUCAUAUAAAAUCAAUGUAAAUAACUACAAGCUAACGCAGCCUGGAUUUUCACCGCAGGACCAGAGCCCUGCUACACCAGAAGAAAAAGAGCUUCCAAAGAAAAUUGAUAUAAAAUGCUAUAAAAUGAUCCAGCCUGAGUUUAGAUCACCUCCUGACCAAAGCCCAACUUCGCCAGAAAAGCCAGACUCUACCAGAAUUUCUUAUAAGCUUGAUCCAGCCAAAUUGCAAGAUGACACUGAUCUUGAAAAGCCCCGAAAAUCUACCUACAAAAUCGAUCUCUAUAAGCGUAAAUCUACAACUCCAGAACCCAGACAAUCCAAUCCAAAAGAAGAAUCCAAAUUUCCUUACAAAAAUGACACAUCCAAGCGAAAAGCAACAUUUCCUGCAGCUCUUCUUUCUUCUCCUAAAGAUGAGCUAUCACCCAUAAACAACCCUCAAGAUUCCUCUCUUUCUCAUAUAGACGCAGACAGCUCAUUUACUUCAGUUAUGAGUUCCACAAAGCCUAGAAUUGCAUUAAAAACUCACCCAAUAGAAGAGUUAGAAGAGCCUGCAGCUUCUACACUUCAAGUAGAGUCUUUUUUGUUUCCUGAAGAUUAGCUAGAUUAUGCUAAGCUUGAGUGAGUCUUUGGGUUUAUUUCAGCCCCUCUUAGCCUUCGCUGACUUCAAGCUUCUCGCCCUAGAUAUCGGCUUGCACUUAAGCCUUUUCUGUCGACAUCAACAAAAAAUGGUGAUGUCGCCACCUCUUGGAGAGACGCACCUAGGUGCUUCCUUGGAUAACUCCUCGCGGUCGGCAUGAUCUAUCCAGCGAUGGGAGAUAGAACACGACCCCAAAUCAUCCUUCUGGUCCCCAUUUACCCUUCGCAUUUAAAAUGCGGAGCUGUCUUAUACACUCUGGUUUUCUUGUCUAUGGGUCGGUUUAAAACCCUGCAGUGUGGUGUCGCGGCCAGGGAGAAAAACCCACCCCGGAAACAAGUUUCAGCCCCCUUAUCUUCUGGAACGCAAAAACCAACCUGAGAGCGUGGGAGAAGAAGGAUGAGUCAGAUAAGUCCCAUUUUUUAUUUGAGUCUUGUUUUCUGAAGAAGAAAGUUUACCGGCUGCACCUAUUCGUAGAACUAUUAUUAUGAACUUUCCAAGUUAUGUUAAAAAAACAAGAAAAGAUAACGGAAAAAUUGUGACUUUUUCUGAAAAUGCGAAUAUUCCUAUUGCUAUGAAAGCUCAAGCGAAUUUGGUGGCAGUAAAAGUGACGGAUGAGCUUUUUUCGUGCCCAAAGCUGAAAAAGGGUUUGACAAUGCAGCAGCUUAACAAAAUGGCAAAAUUGUUAGCGAGACAUGUGUUUAAGAAUGAUUUUAUUCAGCAGAGCCAGAACAGGAAAUUGGUGUUUUAUUAA